AGGCCUCGGCUCCAGAAGGCCCCGCGCGGCGAAGGAAGUGACGCUGCGGCGUGCUGACGCGCGGGCUCGAGCCGAGGCCGAUUCCGCGCCCGCCAUGGCCGACAAAAUGGACAUGUCUCUGGACGACAUCAUCAAACUGAACCGGAGCCAGCGCGGCGGCCGUGGCGGGGGCCGGGGCCGCGGGGGCAACCGGACAGCGGCCUCCGGGGCAUGGACGGAGCGAGCCGGACGGGAGCGGCCCGAGGCUGGGCCCAGCCCGGGGGCGGAGGGGGACCGAAGGAGCGGUCCGACCGGGCCGGCGGGUGCCGGCACCCGUGAGGUGGUGGGCGGGGGCGAGGGCACGCGACCCGGGCCGACACCGGAGGCAGAGACCUUCCCCGGACCUUUGUCUCACCCGGGCGCCGGGGCCUCGUGGCGGCCAGGAGCGGAGGGAACGCCGGGUGCGGCGGCGGCGGGAACAAGGGAAAGGCCUGGAGUGAGAUUGACCGACCUGUUUCUGUUCUUGUGGGCUUUUUUUCGUCUUCAGCCGAAACAACUACCAGACAAAUGGCAACACGACCUUUUCGACAGCGGCUUUGGGGGCGGUGCUGGCGUGGAGACCGGUGGGAAACUGCUGGUGUCAAACCUGGAUUUUGGAGUGUCAGACGCUGAUAUUCAGGAACUCUUUGCUGAAUUUGGAACUCUGAAGAAGGCCGCCGUGCACUACGACCGGUCUGGCCGGAGUUUGGGAACAGCAGACGUGCACUUUGAGCGGAAGGCGGACGCCCUGAAAGCGAUGAAGCAGUACAACGGCGUCCCGCUGGAUGGCCGUCCCAUGAACAUCCAGCUGGUCACGUCACAGAUCGACACACAGCGGAGACCUGCACAGAGUAUAAACAGAGGCGGCAUGACUAGAAACCGUGGCUCUGGAGCUUUUGGCGGCGGCGGCACCCGGAGAGGCACCCGUGGGGGCAGCCGGGGACGAGGUAGAGGAACCGGCAGGAGUUCGAAGCAACAGCUUUCCGCAGAGGAGUUGGACGCCCAGUUGGAUGCUUAUAAUGCCAGGAUGGACACCAGCUAAACAGACUCACGGAUCCGUGCACGAAACAGGACCCAGACCUCUCGCCCGUGCUCCCUGGCGGGAGGGAGGGUGUUCGGCCGCAGCUGGGUAGCCAAUGAUGGUUUCGUUUCUUUUAUGUUUUAAAAUAGGAUUUAAAAACUCAUGUAAAGGUUUUUUCUUUCUUUUUUUUUUUUUUUUUAAAUUCUGAAGCAGACCUGUUUUGUACCGAGUUAUUUUUGGGAUAAACUUUACUGGUUGCUGUUGUGGGGAAGGUGUUAUUUUCACCUUUGCCAUAAUAAAAUAGAACUGUGUGUAGAACUG